AUGCCGGGGCCGCCGGCUUUGCCGCUGCUGCUGUUGCUCCUGGCCACGGGCAGUGCGGGUGCCGCGCCACUUCCGCAAACAGGUGCAGGUGAGCGGGCACCUGCUGCAGAAGUCUCAUCUUUUGUGAUCCUGUCUGUGUGCAGUUUACUGGUAUUAAUAGUGUUAAUUGCAAACUGUGUAUCCUGCUGUAAGGACCCAGAAAUAGACUUCAAGGAAUUUGAAGAUAAUUUUGACGAUGAGAUAGAUUUCACACCACCAGCAGAAGAUACCCCCUCUGUUCAGUCCCCGGCAGAAGUUUUCACACUUUCAGUACCAAAUAUCUCACUACCAGCUCCAUCCCAGCUCCAGCCUUCUGUAGAAGGUUUGAAGUCUCAAGUUGCCCGCCACAGUCUAAACUACAUCCAGGAAAUUGGAAAUGGCUGGUUUGGAAAGGUCCUCCUUGGAGAGAUUUACACGGGCACUAGCGUAGCAAGAGUAAUAGUGAAGGAAUUAAAAGCAAGUGCAAGCCCAAAGGAACAAGAUACCUUUUUGAAAAAUGGAGAACCUUACUAUAUUCUUCAGCAUCCAAAUAUUCUUCAGUGUGUUGGACAAUGUGUAGAAGCAAUUCCCUAUCUUCUGGUGUUUGAGUUCUGUGACUUGGGUGACCUAAAAGCUUACCUGCGCAACGAGCAAGAGCACAUGAGGGGGGACUCGCAGACCAUGCUGCUGCAGCGGAUGGCCUGCGAGAUUGCAGCGGGCCUGGCUGCCAUGCACAAGCUGCACUUCCUGCACAGUGACUUAGCCUUGCGGAACUGUUUUCUUACCUCGGACCUGAAUGUGAAAGUGGGAGAUUAUGGAAUAGGAUUCAGCAGGUACAAGGAGGAUUAUAUUGAAACAGAUGAUAAAAAAAUUUUCCCUCUGCGAUGGACUGCUCCAGAAUUAGUAACCAGCUUUCAAGACAGACUACUAACUGCAGAUCAAACGAAGUAUAGUAAUAUCUGGUCCCUGGGUGUGACACUUUGGGAGCUUUUUGAUAAUGCUGCUCAGCCUUAUUCCAGCCUUUCCAACUUAGAUGUUCUCAAUCAGGUGAUUCGAGAGAGAGACACAAAGCUCCCUAAGCCUCAGCUGGAGCAGCCUUAUUCUGAUAGAUGGUAUGAAGUUUUGCAAUUUUGCUGGCUGUCGCCAGACAAGAGACCAGCAGCCGAGGAUGUGCAUAGAUUGCUCACCUACCUGCGGAUGCAAAGCCAAAGGGACUCAGAAGUUGACUUUGAACAACAGUGGAAUGCUCUUAAACCAAAUACAAAUAGCAGAGACACUUCAAGUAAUGCUGCCUUCCCAAUUCUCGACCAUUUUGCCAGGGAUCGGCUUGGUCGCGAGAUGGAGGAGGUCCUCACCGUGACUGAGACCAGCCAGGGCCUGAGCUUUGAGUAUGUCUGGGAGGCGGCUAAGCAUGACCACUUUGACGAACACAGUCGGGGUGCCCCAGACGAAGCCUUGUCCUACACAAGCAUCUUUUUUCCAGUUGAAGUUUUUGAGAGUUCACUUUCAGAUCCCGGGCCAGGGAAACAAGACGACAGUGGCCAGGAUGUCCCCCGUGGGGCCCCUGGAGUGGUUCCUGUUUUUGAUGCCCACAACCUUUCUGUUGGAAGCGACUAUUACAUCCAGUUGGAAGAAAAAAGCGGUAGCAACUUGGAGCUCGAUUACCCGCCCGCACUGCUCACAACCGAGAUGGAUAACCCAGAGAAGAUAAGUGAUGAGACGUCCCAGUUUCUGACACUCAAGAAUCUUGAAUUUGAGGAGUCCAGUACAGAUGAGGAUUUCUUCCAAAGCAGUACAGACCCCAAAGAUUCCAGCAUCCCCGAGGACGUCCAUGUUCCCAGGGGCCCUGAGAGCCCCUUCAACAGUAUAUUUAAUGAUCUGGACAAAUCAGAUGGUCUGCCCAGUCACCAAAAAAUAUUUGACUUAAUGGAACUAAACGGAGUUCAAACAGACCUGAAGCCGACCACUUUAAGUUCAAGUCUGGAUGCCUCCAGAGAGUCCAUAACAACAUGCCACUUUGAGAAAGAAAAGCCCCGUAAGCUUUUUGACUGUGAGCCUCUUUGCUUAUCAGAAAACCUUUUGCACCAGGAUAAUUUUGAUCCACUGACUGUUCAAGAAUUGUCAGAAAACUUUUUAUUUCUUCAAGAGAAAAACUUACUAAAAGACUCAUUGUCUAGCAAAGAACAUGUAAAUGAUCUUCAAACAGAACUUAAAAACGCUGGCUUCACUGAAACAAUGUUAGAAACUCCACGUAGAAAUUCUUUAGAUCCUGAGGUUAAGUUUGCUGAAAAUAAACCAGGCUUUUCUUUGUUGCAGGAAAACGUAAGCGCAAAAGGUAAAGACACAGGUGUCGUGUUCAAGGACAACACUUUGAAUACCUCAUCACAGUCUUCCCCAGAAGUGCAGGUACCUCCUACCUCUCUCGAAACAGAAGGAACACCUCAUCAUGUACCUCCAGAUAUGUUCCUGAAGCAGGGAGAACCCACAUGUUCAGAUGUCAGUGUCCAUGAAGACCGUCUCUGCCAAGAAAUCAGUCCAGACUCUGUGGCCGUCACAGUUGUAAUCCCCUCAACUGAUGCCAAAGCACACAGCAUUGGCGACAGGUCCCAUGACUUGACCCACCAAAGUCCAGAGGCCUUGAGACUGACCAAAAGUGACUCAGUUCUUGUUGAUGACCUUUUUGCCAAUAAGGUGAGUAUAGGAAAUAAUCUUCCAGAAUUGAGACAGAACUUACAAAACCAGCCCCUUUCAGAAGACCAUCACAGCAAUAGUCUGCUGGAGAAAAACGUGGAAGCUGUGGAGACUUUGAGUCAGCUGCAUUGUAAAGAUGCUACAAAAGAGGGGGGCUUGGUGUCCGUCCUCUCCUCGGACUCAACCAGUCAAGACAGCCUUUUAGAAGACAGCUUGUCAACACCCAUUCCGACUUCAGAACAGUCUGUGGAGACCCCAGACUCUCUGGAUUCAGUGGAUGUCCAUGAAGUUUUAUUGGGUUCGUUAGGCUCUCACACGCCUCAGAAACUCCUGCCCCCCGAUAAGCCUGCAGACAGUGGCUACGAGACUGAAAACUUGGAGUCCCCUGAAUGGACUCUGCACCCUGCUUCUGACGGCGCCGCAGCCUCAGAGACGGCCACAGCAGGUGACAGCGGUCAUAGCAGUUUGCCUCCCAACCCGGUCAUCGUCAUCUCAGACGCAGCCGAUGGGCACAGAGGUACAGAAGUGACCUCACAGACAUUUGCACCUGGCCCUCAGAGCUCAUACCGAGACUCUGCUUACUUCUCAGAUAAUGACUCUGAGCCGGAUAAGAAGUCCGAGGGGGUCCCAGGACCCUCAGCUUCAGCCUUGGAAUUGGUAACGGAUCAGCCCCUGCCAGAGCCAGUCAUUCCAGAGCAAAGUCCUGGCACCAGGGACGGUUGCCGGGAAACCAAACAUGGCCAGCCAGACCAAAGUUGUCUACCUGUGUCGCAAGAUUCCAGUCACCUGGAGUUGAGAGAAACGUUGGAACCGGCACCAGCUGAUGUUUCCAAGCAGACACCUCCUCCUGAAGACGAGGCUGGCAGUCCCUUGAGUUUGUUGAAUUCCGAGCUAAGCAGCUGUGAUGACUUCGAGGCACAAGAGGAGCGCCCCUGCACGCUCACCUCCACUGGCACCAACACCAACGAGCUCCUCGCCUUUGCAAAUGCCACCCUCUGUUCCAGCAGCGUGUCAGACCUGACGGUGGAGAAGACCCUGUGUGGCCACGCUGAGGGCCACAAGUUGAAAGAGCCAGAUAUCGAAGGGAAAUACCUGGGGAAACUUGGUGUGUCGGGCAUGCUUGACCUCUCUGAGGACGGCAUUGAGGCGGACGAGGAAGACGAAAACAGUGACGACUCCGACGAGGACCUGCGGGCGUUCAACCUGCACAGCCUCAGCUCUGAGUCGGAGGAUGAGACCGAGCAUCCCGUGCCUGUGAUCCUCAGCAACGAGGAUGGAAAGCACCUCCGGAGCCUGUUGAAACCCUCAACCGCCGUUGCCAUUGAUCAGCUCCCCGAUGACUGGAAAAAAGAAAAGAAGGCGGUGACGUUUUUUGACGAUGUCACAGUCUAUCUGUUUGACCAGGAGACCCCAACCAAAGAGCUGGGGCACUGUGGAGGAGAUGCACGUGGCCCUGAGUUGAACAGCCCGGCACCUUCUUCAGGCUCUCCCUACCUGAGCAGGUGCAUAAAUUCGGAAAGCUCAACUGAUGAAGAAGGUGGAGGCUUUGAAUGGGAUGAUGACUUCUCCCCCGACCCUUUUAUGCCGAAGACAACAAGUAACCUUCUUAGUUCUAAGCCUUCUCUUCAGACAUCCAAGUACUUCUCGCCGCCUCCGCCGCCCCGGAGUGCGGAACAGAGCUGGCCUCACACACCGCCGUAUUCCAGAUUCUCCAUCUCUCCUGCCAACAUCGCCAGCUUUUCUCUCACACACCUUACUGACUCGGACAUCGAACAAGGAGGAAGCAGUGAAGACGGAGAAAAGGAUUAGGUGGACACGGAUGUGCUCCCGGGUCCCAGGCUGCUCCCCCAG